UCUGUGACAUAGGUAGUAUACUGUAUACAAUAAACUCUUUGGUGUUUACUAAAAGUUUAUAAAACAAAGAGAAUACAAUUACUACGUAAGUUAUAAAAGACGAACUCACAGAGCAAGUAAUAAUUAUGACGAACUCUAAACUCUAAAAGAAAGUAAAAGAACAAGAAAAGUCAAAAGAACUCAAAUUAUACUAUUAACUUAAUAAUAUAACAAGAAUGUCUUCGUAUAGCAGUCCAGAAAGAUCUGUUUCGGAUAAAAAUUCAAAAGAUGAUAAUUUGAAUGAAAAAAGUGUCGAGUUAAAAUACCGGGUGCGAGUAUGCCUCCAAAAGUACUUCAGUGACGAGCGUGCUCGCUGCUACGUGUUAGUGAGCAAGUGGCGUCGUGUGCGCUGGCUGAAGCAGCGGCUGCGGGAGCUGUUCGCACUGCGCGGCCCGUUCUGCCUGCUCUCGCGGGGGCACUUGUUGCCGAGUGCCGAGUCGCUCGCUAUAUUACAUCCAGAUGAUCCUGUUGAAGUUGUGCCGAAUACUGAUUCAACACAAAUCAGCAAUGUUCAAAAUUCAGACAUAUCAAUAGACAUACCAGGGACGAUUACAACCCUUAAACCUUCACAAUGCGAAGAAGUGCACGAAGAAGAUACUGAUAUAACUUAUAGAGAUAAUAAUUUAAAUAAUGUUAAAAUGAAAGCGUUAGCAUUAUUAAACGAAAAGUAUUGUUGUAUAAAUGGCGAUUAUGCCUCAGAAGAGAGCAAAGUUUUUGAAGAGAACAAUCAAUCAACGAACUACCCAACAGAAUUUCCAGCGCAGAAGAGAAGGAGAGUUCGGCGCAGAAAAAGAAAUUCAAACGCACCUAUCAAUGGUGACGAAACUACAGAAGGUAGCGUAGAGCGCGCCGCCCCCGCCGACCCAGCCUCCCCCGCAGACCCGGUGCAGCGCAACCGCGCCGCCAGCCCGCGCGCACCGAGACUCGUGCGAUCCAUACUUUGAUACAUUUUAUUUAACUAGUGGGAAAAUCUUCAUAGAUACCCUCGGCACCCGGAUUCCUACCGAUUAAAACCUCACUCUGUUCCAUCGCGCUGCUGGAAAGAAGGCUUACACCGCCAACGCGCAGACGAUGGAUUUUUUUCGGAGAAUAUUUUAAUACGUGUUUCGUUUUAUCGGAUGCGAUAAUUGUAAACGAUAGGUUAGGUUAGGUUUUUUUUUUAUAAGCCAUCGCAGGGUGUUGUCUGCUUUUCUCUGGAGUAUAGUCCAGAUACCUUUAUUUUCAAUCAAAUAAAAUAUCACAAUAUUUUUUAUUAAUAAUAAGGCCUAAUUUAAAAUACAGUUAAAACUUUAAA